UCCUCCAUUUUCUCAAAGCCUCUACAACCACUAAAACUCCAUUUUAUCAUCUCCGCGUCCGAUACGCGGCCUGUUAUUUCCUCCUUCGCCGCCGCUUCGAAUCUGAAGCGCGAAGCGCGUUGAGUUGAGCUCCUCCCCCAUCUCUCGCCCUCACCCAGACCCGCUGCCACCGCUCCAUCUCCGGCAUCUUCUCCUCCGCCGUCUUCCAUCUGUCCUUCGCCCCCUUCGACCCGAUCUCCCACACCCUCCCCGAAGCCUCCCUCUCCUUCCUCCCCCACCCCACGAUCAAAUCAUCGUCCGAUCCUCAUCCAACGGCCUCGACGACCUGCGCAGUCAGCGCCAAGAUCAAGUGCCUCGAUGAUCGAGACCCCCGCUUCCUCUGCUACGCCUCUCCCCACCCCGCCCUCACCGACCACACCCCGAUUCCCUUCGCCCCGGAGACCCGCAUCACCACCCUUGCCAAUGGCCUUCGCGUUGUCCGCUGGUUUGUCUCCCUCGGAACUUAUGGACUUGGAAGAUAUUAUUGGAGACGUCAAAACUGGUCUGUCAGACGAAUUCAUCUUGAAGAAUUUAAGGACAAGCAUGCAUGUCCAGCAAUCUACGUCCUCAUCACUGGGCUCACCAUCCCAAUCCGCAUCUGGGCAUGGAACUUGCAUUGUCUGCCAGAUAGAGUACGAGGAGAAUGAGAGGAUAGAAACUCUGGACUGUGGUCACAGCUAUCAUGCAGACUGCAUAAAACGCUGGCUGGCUGUUAAAAACAUCUGCCCAAUCUGCAAAGCACCGGCUUUGGUGGCCGAUAAAAGCAAAGGAUGAGCUCAUGGAGGAAUCAUUUCAAACCAUUUGUCUGAGAAAUGAUUUUUUUUACCUAUUUUUGGUUAUACAUUUUUUUAAGGAAAUUCAAUUUAUAUUGGGAAUAGAAAUGUUGGAUUAUUCUACCCUGUGCACUCAAUGAACCUUGGUAAAUGUUGGGGUGAAUAUGCUCCCUGCAACUGUAUAUAAAAGUGGCACACAUCUUAUUCUAGUGUCAUGCUAUGAAAAGUUUUGAUGAUUAACAAGCAUUCCUUUGAGCCUUA